AUGACUGAAGCAUGGAAAGCAUUGGAAAAGUGCCUGCCCUCUAGGGAUUGCAACAGUGACACAUGGUGGCAACUCACAGGCCGCCAUUUGGCUGCAAUUAUGGAUGCCGCAGGAUAUCCUCUCGAGAAGCAGUACGAAGCACUACUGUUCCACUAUCAUUGGACGGUACCGUACAUGGGGCGUGCCCCCGGGCUGUCGCAGCAUUGCUCAACUAGCGCUUGGAAAUCGCUCUUGGCCCUAGACGGAACGCCCAUUGAAUACUCAUGGAAGUGGAAUACGUCUAAAACUGGCUCUACACCCAAUGUGCGCUACGUCGUAGAACCCAUUGGACGCGAUGCAGGGACCGAGCUAGAUCCGUUGAACCAGCAAGCGUCGCGUGAGCUGCUCUUCGGUCUUAAAAAGCUACUGCCAGGCAUGGACAAUACUUGGGCUUGCUACUUUUUGGCAAGUUUGUUCGACCACGAUCAUGCUGUUUACAUGGCAGAGGCUGGGCAAAAAGGUUAUUUGGGUACCAGCAUGCAGCUGGCUAUUGAAUUUCACGGCAAAGCAACCGCCAUUAAGUCAUACUUCUUUCCGCGCAAAUAUGGCCAGGCUGGCCUGAUGCCGUUGGAACAGUGGAGAAUGUGCGUAGAUGGGCUGAAGCUGGGAGGCGAAGUAGAUUGCGGGGCUCCAGCGGCCGCCUUCAUAACACCGGCGCGCACUGCAGUCGACCGGUUUCUCAGCACAAGCCCGUAUGGCCAGAGCCUCACACCAAUAUCCGUAGCUGUCGACAAUAUUGCACCCGAGAGUUCACGUCUUAAGUGGUACUUUCACACGGCCCAGACAAGUUUUGCGUCAGUACGACACAUAAUGACGCUAGGAGGCGUUAUAGCUUCGUCAGAAGUUGAGGGGCUUCUGGAUCAGCUAGCCUCUCUCGUGAAAGCUGUCAAUGGGCUUGGGGACGAUUUUCCUGAAGAUGUGGAGGUGCCUGCGGGGUCAGAGCUGGAGACCAGUCUCGACUUUGGUGAGCUGAGCAAGGUGCUUAAAGGCUACUUGUACUAUUUUGAUAUUGCUCCGGGCAAGGCGGUGCCGGAGAUCAAACUAUUUGUUCCUACCCGGUACUAUGGAGGCAAUGACUUCGUGCUUGGGCAUGCACUCACUCAGUGGAUGCAGGCGAAUGGGCGAGGGUCGCACUGCAAAAGCUAUCUUGGGAUGUUGGAGAGCCUAGCUGAACAUCGAAGAUUGGAUCAGGGCAAGGGUCUGCAGACAUAUGUGAGCUGCCUAUUCAAGGAGGGCGAAUUGGAUAUUACAACGUACCUUGGAGCGGAGGCAUUUCAUCCGGGGCGCCUUGCAUCCUCAGUGAGGCCCUGGUUAACCAAGUCGUCAACUUUGCGUCGUGGGGACUGGUACUGA